CCUGUGUCAUGGAUUAAAAUUACUCUUUAUAUUAGAUGUCUUCGAAGGACAAAUGAGCUAUCAUGGAUUCAUUGCAACUACAACAUAGUUCUCAAACAUGGAGUGAUCAGUCUGAAGAACAUGAAUUAAAGCAAGAGCCUAUUCAGACAAGACGUAAACGAUAUUGGAAAACACGUCAUAAAGGAAAAAAGAUUUUACCAUUUGAUGCCUGGGUAUUUACUAAAUGUUGUGGAACAGGUCGGGACAUAGUGAGUCCCAGCUACGGUGAUAUUCCACCCUGGCCCAAUACGACUGGUUUUCAAAUUGGACAAGAUUUUAACAGAGUAACGACUGGGUACGAUACCUCAAGUUGUAGCUCAUUGGAAAGCCUUGAAAGCCCAAAUAAAAAAACAUUUGAGAGACGUCAGAAAAGUAUCACUGAGGAAAUGCAUCAGUCCAGCUCUGAGGAGUCUCUAAGUGAUAUCAUAUCUGAUAUAAAAAACCAAGAUGAACCACUCCAAACUGUUGACCGUGAGAUCUCAUAUACUAAAACACAAGAAGAAAUUCUUGUAAAUGCUGUCAACAUGUUUAAAAAGUGCAAAAAACGAACUACUGAUGAAGUGGUACAAUCUGCAGCUACUAUGUUUAAAACAUACAGUGUGAAACGCAAAUUAAUGCGGAGGCAAGCAAACUUGGAUAGAUCAUCACACAAACUGGAAGUUAUUGGAAGAACAAAAACUUGUAGUGAUAUUUUAGCUGAAAGCCUCAAUAAACAAAGAAAACUUCCAUCUACUGAUAUAAUUGCUAAGGAUUCUCCCAAAAAGAAAGGUAAGAUUAAACAAACCCCUCCAAAAAUUCAAAUCAAACUUGAAGAUGGGGAAUCUUCUCCAAAAACUAAACCAACAAUUCCAAAAUGUAAUGGACACUUGAAAAGUAUGUUAAAGUCUGUGAAUACCUCAAAGGAACAAAUUGUUGCUGAAGUUGUAGAGAAGUCAGUAUCAAAAAGAGAUGUAAUGAAAUGGAAAUCAAAUUCUGAUGCAGGAAGGCAGAUGGGUAUGCAAAAAGUGUUGAGACUUUCGGAUGGUGAGAUGAAUAACAAUCAGGACAGUGAUUUAUGUCUUGGUGACAGCAACGCAAGGAAAUUAGGGGACUGUUGCCAUAGUAACAGCUGCCUAGACAGCUUCGACAGAAAGGCUUAUCGUAUGGUCAGUAAUACUAUGUCUUCCAUAAAUAGCAGUAUAGAGCCAAAUACCACUGGGACCAAUAAAAAUGAACAAUCAGCUUUGAUCAAUGAAAUCGAAAAUCAUAGUAGAAGAACAAACACUGUAGGUCCAAAUAAUGGUGAAACUCAAAACAUUGAAAGCAUCAAUAAAAAUGAACAACCAACAUUUGUUAAUGACAAUGAAAAAAUAAAAAAUGAUAAUGAAAGUAGUAGAUU